GGAUGGAACAUGCGAUGCGGAGAAGACACCGCCCGGACAGGCUAGUCUCGGCCCUUCCCCACCUGACCUGCUGACUCAGGCGGGACAUUUUCAUGAAUUUCUGAGAUCGACGGACACUGCGGAAUCAUCCCACUUUGCUCAAAAUGGAGGACCAGACUGCAAACACCACGCCAAAUGGCCAGCUGCGCCAACCCAAGAAGAGAUUCGUUGGGCGACGGACGGCAGAUGCGCAAGCACAGAACGCUUCGUCGAGUCCAAAAGAUGUCGAAUCCACCAGCGUGCAAAAAGCCGCACCGCGAAGAACGCCUCGAACCCUGAACCAAGUCCCUCCCGAGAUCCUCGAAGAUCCCGAGAUCCAAGCCGCCAUCGACCUCCUCCCCAAAAACUACUCCUUCGAAAUCCCCAAGACCAUCCACCGCAUACGGUCAUCCGGCGCCAAACGAGUCGCCCUCCAGUUCCCCGAAGGCCUGCUCAUCUUCGCGACCACCAUCUCCGACAUCCUCACCCAAUUCUGCCCCGGCAUCGAGACCCUUAUCAUGGGCGACGUCACAUACGGCGCCUGCUGCAUUGACGACUACACCGCGCGAGCCCUCGGCUGCGAUCUCCUCGUCCACUACGCCCACAGCUGCCUGAUCCCGGUAGACGUGACGAAGAUCAAGACGCUGUACAUCUUCGUCGACAUCAGCAUCGACACCACGCACCUCCUCGCCACCCUCGAACGCAACUUCCAACCAGGCAAAACAAUCGCCACGGUCGGCACGAUCCAAUUCAACGCCACGCUGCACGGUCUCAAACCGGUCCUCGAACGCGCCGGGUUCAAAGUCGUCAUCCCGCAAAUCACCCCCCUCUCCAAAGGCGAAAUCCUCGGCUGCACCUCCCCCCAGCUGGACUCCCAAAUCGACAUCCUCCUCUACCUCGGCGACGGCCGCUUCCACCUCGAAUCCGCCAUGAUCCAUAACCCUACCAUCCCGGCGUACCGGUACGAUCCGUACUCGCGCACCCUGUCCCGGGAGACGUACUACCACGACGAAAUGCACACGCUGCGCCGCGACGCCAUCAGCACCGCCAAAUCAGCUAAGAAAUGGGGCUUGAUUCUCGGCUCGCUCGGCCGGCAGGGUAACCCGAACACAAUGGCGAUGAUCGAGAACCACCUCAACGAGCGAGGCAUCCCGUUCGUCAACCUACUGCUGUCGGAGAUCUUUCCUGGAAAGUUAGCUUCCAUGGCGGAUGUGGAAUGUUGGGUACAGAUCGCCUGUCCGCGAUUGAGUAUCGAUUGGGGGUAUGCGUUCCCGCGCCCGCUACUGACGCCGUAUGAGGCGUUGAUUGCGUUGGGCGUGAAGGAGGGGUGGGAAACGUCGAACCAGGGUAUCUAUCCGAUGGACUUCUAUGCGAAGGAGGGGCUGGGGAGGACGAAGCCGAGUCAAGCCAUUUCCGGGACCGCGUAGGUUGGGUGUUGGUGGGAAAGCAAUAACGGAGACAUUGGAUGGGAAAAGUUUUCUGGACGUAUAUAGAACUCUGCAUUAUCUAACGAUUUUUAAGUGCGACGCUUUGCAUUACGGAACUGCAUAUGAAAUGGAAUGAAAAUUGAUCAACAUUCAUUGAUUUACUAGAUGACACACCAGCAUAUCCACUCUAGGUAGUUACCAGUAUGUGCCUGUACGAUGUUAAUUGUAAAGCAACCUCACGAAGUAUGGAUGCAA